AUGGCCCAUCGCCAAGCAUUUGAGACACUUGACCGUUCACUCCGGGAUUUGUUGAGUCCUUCAGAUCCAACGGCUUCCGACAAACCAUUUGGUGGUAAGACUGUUCUCUUGGGAGGUGAUUUCAGGCAAAUAUUACCAGUUGUGCCUCAAGGAAGACGUCCAGACACAGUCCUUGCAUCAAUCAGCAAAUCUUAUCUAUGGAAAAAGGCAGAAGUUUAUACUCUUUCCAUGAACAUGCGAUUGGAAAAAGAAGAAAGGGAAUUUGCUAAAUGGAUCCUUGAGGUUGGUGAUGGAACAGCUGAUACCAUCCUCUCUCAUACGAGCAGCAAUGAAGAGGGUGAACAAAUUGUUGUGGACCAAAGAUUCAUGAUCCCUUCUACAGAUAAACCACACGAAGCACUACCAGCUGCGGCAUAUCCUGACUUCCUUCAUAAUUAUCGGAACAAGAAGUACUUGACAGAGAGAGCGGUGCUGACACCUACAAAUAGUACUGUUCAUGAGCUAAAUGCAUACAUGCUGUCCCAAGUUCCCUCACAAGCUAAAGAGUAUUUGAGCUCCGAUUCCGUUGAGCUGGAGGCCACACCAAAAGAUGAUUGGAGUAGCCACUAUACUCAAGAGUAUCUUAAUUCUCUUGAGUUCUCUGGACUGCCUAACCACAGACUAUGCCUGAAGGUGGGGUCCCCGGUGAUGAUGCUGCGUAAUCUUAAGCAAGCGUAUGGGUUAUGCAUUGGGACACGGAUGAUAGUCAGUCGUGUAGGUGACAGGAUAGUAGAAGUUGAGAUCAUGACUGGCACACAAGUAGGCGAAACAGUGUUGAUCCCUCGAAUACAGCUUUCUCCUCUUGACACCGUGCAUCCAUUCACGUUUUGCCGCCGUCAGUAUCCUCUGCGCUUAUGCUACGUACUGACAAUCAAUAAAAGUCAGGGACAAAGUCUCAAACAAGCUGCUUUGUACCUCCCUAGAUCGGUCUUCACUCAUGGCCAGUUGUGCGUAGCUUUAUCUAGAGUGACAUCACCAGAGGGGCUUAAGAUAUUUGACGAUUCUUCUGAUUCGGACGGUACGGACGGAGUAAGAAAUAUUGUGUACAAAGAGAUCUUCCAGGGCCUCUAUGACAGAAAGGUUUACAUUCAAGUGAUUUUCUAUAUGUCAGUCUCAUACGGAUUGUUUCGACUAAUAACCAAAUCAAAAUGCUUGCAGGGAAAGAAGGCACUGUGGACUUGA